AUGGAUGCAAAGGCGGGAGGAGUCAGUCCGAGGAUACGUACUCUAGUGGUUUGCAGCAGAUUUGCCAAUCGACAAAUUGAGGCUGGAAGUGAGCAAAUUUGGGCCCUCGGUGCAGAAAAGCAGGGUACACAGUCCAAUCAAGUUUCUCUGGUUUUGGUGAAAGUCAACCCUACGCUGGUAGUGUGGGAGUGGGAGGGAUGGGAUGAUUUGUUUCCACACCUCCCUAGUUUUGCUCUUCAGGAUCUGGGGUCUCGGCCUUUGGGCUUCAUCCCCUCACGAAAACGACAACGACGACAACAGCAACGUCAUCGUCAUCAUCAUCGUUCCAUUGUUUUUUCCAGACGUGAAAGACCGUUAGCUACGGUUGCGGUGACCGAAGGCCCUCAUUCAGGGGUCGACUUCGUCAUUCAGCCACCUCCACGUUCGCUGCUGCGUCUGUUGUCUCGUCGUGGCCGUCAAGGCUACCUCCUCUUGACUUGGACGACCCUCCUGCGCUCUCCAGUCGCCUCACCUCCAGUGGAUUCAACCGUCAGUGGGAGUCCGUUGAAUGUCAGGAGGAUGGAAAGCGAGCUCGCGUUCCAUUCUGGGGUCAGGGCUCCCAAGGCCAUAUCCGGUUUCCUGAGGCGCACAAUGCACAUCUAGUUUGGGACUACUCUAACCCACAACCUCCAAGCUGUGCUGGGCUGUUAUCGACUCCUUGCAGUGGUGUCAAUCAGGAAGCUUUGCGCUGAUGCGAGUGCACACCUUAUUUUUAGGAGUUGAUAAGAAGCAAGGAACACACUCGACGCACGGUUUGUGUUGGAUCCACCAGUCAGUGAGCAGAUGAACGACUUCGAGAUAUUUAUCGAAAGCUUUGACUCUCCAUCGGGACUAAGUGCUUCAUGGCGAUGAGGAUCAAGGUCAGCAUGAGUAGGAGCUAUUUCCCGUCCUGCCCAGGGCUGGACGACGGGUACUCGCUCGAGCUGCAAGCAGAAAAGACGAGACGCAUGUACAAAACCGGCAAACGUGAACGACACAAGAGGCGAGGUAGAUCAACGAACCCAGCGGGGGGCGGGGCGAGGGGGAUAGAGAUGCGUGAAAAGGUCAAGGGCCGGCUUCUAGAUUUGAGCCGGGAAUAGAAAAUAUAUGUUACCUCGGCUCAGGACAGGACGAUAAACUUGAGAUAUGCAGGAGCAAUGAGGUCAGGUCGAUCUGCUUCAACAUACGCUGUGAGUGAAUGCAGCUUUGCCGCAGAAGACUGUAAUUGAUGACAUGUAGACAAACGUGACGAAACUGUUGGGUGGUUCGUACAUAAAGCCAAGUGUAAGAUCUAUAAUGCUGUAUGUCAACAACGAACAGAGAUUUGCUCCAAUCAGGGGAUCCGGGACCUUGCUGAUGAAGAGGGUGUACACACGUCACAAGCUCAGCUGUGCAUUAUGAACCAUCAUAUCUUAGUGCGAGCACCCUGUGGACAAGAGCACAGCAGAGGGAGCGCUGCUGGUUAGCGAUGCGAAGCAUGAACUUUGUUCAUCGCUUGACGGGCUGGGCUGCACAUGAGGUGUAAAAGGUCCAGUAAGACAAAUACACGACACGACUUUUACUGUCUCCCUCCCGGCAGUUACACAAAACCUGAGCUCUUCCAGGGAAAUUAGGCGCCCGAGGCGAGUGAAUCAUAGAUCGUCAAGUCAACCUCACCUUGGGACCUUGCAGGUGCUACGACUGAUGACACUGGGCGAACACGUUUGCUGAGCGAACCGCUCCGCACUUCUUUUCAGCUGUCGCAUCCACCGCCAUCUUUUCGCUUCCAGACACAAUCGUCGGAUCAUGAGUCUAUUGGAUGAACAUGGCUCAUGCGCAGCCAGAGCUAGACGACAAGUGAACCAUGCAGAAAUCUCCUGCCUCAGUGAGGCAGCUGCAUCUGGGCUCUAGACAACGGACUUCUCAUCUGGACGAUCUUGCGGUCAGUUCUGACCACACCCUUUGACGAAAGCCUUCAAUUUCUUGAUAGUGUCAGAACCCACCCCGAGCCUUUGCACA